AUGAGUGUGCGCAAGGCACAUAACUCCGGAAAGAAUCACCUCAAGAACGUGGUUCAAUACUACCAGGAGAUCGGACAUGAGAAGGCUCAGUCGGUGAUAGAUUCGAUCACCUCAUCAUACGCGGCCGAGGGCCAGGCAAGCUCCAACCCCAUGCUUCAGCACGCCGCCGGACAACCGGGAUAUCCUCCAGUUCCAUUCGGAUUUCCAGGCCAGCCAGGCUCAUUACCACCUCCACCAUUCGGUAUGCCUGGCAUGCCUGGCAUGCCAGGAGCCCCAGGUGCGCCUCCACCUCCCGGUGGAAUGAUACCACCUCCAGGAGGUCGCGGCAUGCCUUUCCCCCCACCAUUCCCACAUCCCGGCACCCCUGGAUCCAGCGAUAUGCCCAUGCCUCUCCCAAUUCCCCUCCCAAACAUGCCACCAGGCAGCCUGCCCUUCCCUCCCCCACCACCAGGCGGGUUCCCGCCUAACUUCCAGUUCCCGCCCCCAGGAGCGGGCGGUAUGCCUCCCCUGCCACCCUUCGCAGGCCAGCAUGGACAAAUACCCGGUCAAAACUCUAGUCCUGGUGGCGGACCACCUGUUCCUCCUGGCUUCGGGCAGCAGCAGCCUGGCGGGUUCCCGCCAGGACCUCCUGGGCCGCCGGGGAUGGGUGAUUCUAGAUAA